AGCCUCUGCUUUACGGAACACCUUUAAAAGCAUUAUUUUACAGGAAAAACUAAGAAAUCACCCACGUAUGAUCGCCCGGGCACUUUAUACCACCAAAAGAAACUGUUCGCAGCGUUUAUCUAACAAAGAGUCAACCGAAUACGUGCACUCUUUACGUCCUUACGCGCUGCAACAGGUUUGACUUAUUGCGGGAUGCUUAUUUUUCACUAUACGGUUAUUUUUAUUCCUAAAUGCAAUGCAAAAAAAGACUCUACUGCACGGACAAAGUGGUUUUAAUGUGUUGAUUGAAUAUUCGCAGUGAGGUCCGCUGCUACUACUACAACAACUACUACUACUGCAACACCGGGGACAGGAGCAGAGAAUACCCGGGCAGAGGAGCUACUUUGUCGGCGUGGGACGGUGCGUUUUGCAGACUGGUUUCCAUGUUUAGAUGGUGCCAAGCAAGUGGAGCAUGAACGCAGUACUGCACAAGUCACCGCAACGGAGCUGGCUCGGGCUCAAGUUACGACUGAAUGAGAAGCCGGUGCAGGAGGAGGACUGGGUGCUGUGCCAGCAUCCAGAGUGCUCGGAGCGCAGGAGGGCCUCAAAGGUUUGCCAUCACCCAGACUGUCAGGAGCUGAACCAGCAGAGUCCCCUUCACCUGUGUGAGUCAUGUGACUCACGUCGCCACGACGACAGCUCCGACAUGCACUUUGACCGGCACCCACGCUUUGACCUGCACCCUCAAGCCUCGAUCCUGGCUCGGAACGUGUCGACGCGCUCCUGCCCCUCGCGCACCAGCGCCCCCUCUGACCUGGAGGAGGAGGAUGAGGUGGGCGAGUGCGGCGAGCGCAAAUCUGGAGGGAUGAAACUGGUCAAAAAGAAGCCAAGAAGACGACACACAGAUGACCCCAGUAAAGAGUGCUUCAGCCUCAAGUUUGACCUGAACGUGGACAUCAACACAGAGAUCGUACCGGCCAUGAAAAAGAAGACACUCAGGGAGGUUCUGGGCCCAGUGUUUGAGAGAAAUGGCAUCGAGCUGUCCAGAGUGGACCUGUUUUUGGACCAGUCCAACACGCCUCUGUCUCUCAACUUUGAGGCCUACCGCUUCGGGGGACACUACCUGAAAGUGAAAGCGCGCCCCGGUGACGAGCUGAAGGUGGAGCAGGGGGUGAAGGACUUGCGUUCUCUCAGUUUACCCAACAUGAAGGCGUCCGGCGCUCAGAGCCAGUUCAUCCUCACGCCCGGAGCGGAGAGGGAGAGGGCGGAGCACGGCUCACUGGGCAGGAAGGAGGGCAUCGACCUGCUGGGUCAGGCGAGGAGGAGGAAAAAUAUGACCGAGUUCUUGGGCGAGACGAACAUCCCGACCCCUGAUGCUCUGGGGCAGUUGGGGCAGAUGGGGCAGAUGGGACCGGUCGGGCAGAUGGGGGGGUCCCUGUCGCUGCCCCCUGGAUCCGCCGGAUCCGUCGGACCUGACACGUGGAAGAACAGAGCGGCCAGUCGCUUCAGCGGGUUCUUCAGCUCCAACGCAGGAGCAGGGUCGUUCGGAAAGGAGGUGGACCGCGUGGAGCAGCUGCAGAACAAACUCCAUUCGUACUCGGUGUUCGGUUUACCCAAAGUCCCUCGUCAGUUUGCCUUUCACCAGGACUCAUGGGAGGAGGAGGAGCAGGAGACAGAGCUGAGCCUGGAGGACAGCUGGCAGAGGCUGCUCGACCAGCCAGAGACGUUGACGAGGCGACAGUUCCACCAGCAGGAGGCGAUAUGGGAGCUGCUACACACUGAGGUCACCUACAUCAAAAAGCUCCGAGUCAUCACCGAUCUGUUCCUGUGCGGACUGCUGAACCUGCAAGAGAGUGGCCUCCUCACAGAAGUGGAGCCCACCAAACUGUUCAGUAACAUCCAGGAGAUCGUACGGCUCCACAGCGCCCUCUGGAGUCAGGUCAUGGUGCCUGUGCUGGAGAAGGCCAGACAGAACCGCGCCAUGCUGGACCCCACAGAACUGCACCAGGGAUUCAAGACGUUUGGGUCUCGUUUCCAGCCGUACAUCCGUUACUGCAUGGAGGAGGAGUCGUGUAUGGAGUACAUGCGCUCACUGCACAGGGACAACGAGCUCUUCAGGACCUACGUCACGUGGGCAGAGACACACAAGCAGUGUAACCGUUUGAAGCUCGCUGACAUGUUAGCCAAACCUCACCAGAGACUGACCAAAUACCCCCUCCUCCUCAAGAGCAUCCUCAAGAAAACCGACGAGCCAAGUGCACGUGACAUCGUCAACAACAUGGUGGCCACAGUGGAAGGCUUCAUCAACAGCGUGGACUCCCAGAUGCGGCAGAGACAGGAGCAGCAGAAACUGGCCACAAUCUCAGCGCGAAUCGACUCAUACGAGGCUGUAGAGGGCAGCAGUGAGGAGGUGGAGAAGAUAUUGAAAGAGUACAACCGCUUUGACCUGAUGGCUCCGAUGAGAGGGACGUCAUCGGAGGAGACGAGGCAGCUUCACCUGGAGGGGGCGCUGCGCAUGAAGGAGGGGAAAGACAGCAGGAUGGAGGUGUAUUGCUUCCUCUUCACCGACCUGCUCCUCAUCACCAAAUCAGUGAAACGAGUGGAGAAAGUGAAAAUCAUCCGCCAGCCUCUGCUCAUUCACAACGUGGUGUGUAAAGAGCUCAAAGACCCCGGCUCCUUUAUCCUCAUCUACCUCAACGAGUUCAAAAGUGCAGUGGCAGCCUACACUUUCCAAGCCAACAGCGCCACCCAGGGGAGAAGCUGGAUCGAUGCAAUCUGCAACGUCCAGAACCAGCUGCAGAGGCUGCGCAAUGAGGAGGUGGUCCGACAGCAGAACAGUGUGAAGAGCACCACAACAGAGGAAGAGGAGGAGGAGGAAGAGGAGAGCAGCAACUCUACAGCCAGCUCCCCCAGUCUGAGGCACAAGCAGAACUCAAGCCAAUCGGACGGCUCCACUGAAACCCUGUCAGUCAUGGACAUCGAUGAACCCUGCCUUCCGAUUUUAACCUUCACUGACACGACUAUAGAAAACACGACAGACUCCAGCGUCCACUCCCACCGCUCUCUCCCCACAAGCCUGCAAAGAGUCCUGUCCACCGUCUACUCCGAACCCGACCAGGACGGGGAGCUAGAAGGCAAUUUAGACCCCCAGUGCAGGUCUCUAUCCAUGGACAGCGCGUACGGGACCCUCUCUCCUGAAUCCUUACUCCGAGAAUUACAACCCCAGCAAGGCCAGAGCGAAGGAGAGGAAACAGAGGAGGAGGAGGUGGAGAGAGGAGACGAGGAGCUGGGAAAAGAGGAGCCAGGAAACGAAGAAGACGAAGAGGGGGAUGCGACUUCGCUGGGGUCGCAGUUAUCCGUAGUGCAGUCUUCGAAACCACGUAGAAAACCUGUGCAACCUAAACUUCACUGCUUACAAAGACUAUCUACGCUUUCUCGAUCUGAGGAUAAUCUUCUACAAAAGUUCCACAACACGCCAAAUAUUUCAACUUCAAACUCGCUGACUGUUAAAACGCAGGACCAAAAUUCAGAAACGCUCCUCGGGCACAGCCGUAGCAUGUCCGCGUUAGGCCAGAGCUACGUCGAGCUUAUCGCCAAUGAACUACUUGACCAAUCCGAUGACAGCUUGAACGUAAGCGCGCCGUCGGAAAAGCUUUGCGCUACUUUGAGGAGAGCGGAGGAGAGGCACAUGAACAGAACGCUGGUCGCCACGGGAGACGGGUCAGAGGGGUCCGACGGGGAAGCGGCGCCCUCUGGUGGCGGAGAGAGGAAAUGCGAGAGCGCGGGGGAGUCUGGAGAAGUGUCGUUGAAGAAAAAGAGGUCUCCAGUCCAGCAGCAUAAGAAGCUAACACUGGCCCAGCUCUACCGGAUACGCACAACCAUGGUCCUGAACUCCACCCUCACUGCCUCGGAGGUAUAACCACUCGCCAGCAGCCGUUUUGUGGCCUGAUCCGGACCGUGGAUGGACUGAACAUCUUGACAAAAAUGCACUCUCUGUCUGCCCUCUCUGCUCAUAUUUUUGUAUCUGGACUACGACCGUUCAAUCUCAUUACUUUGGAACAAUAACUACUUUCAUUUUUUGCUGUUGAACUGAAAAAAAAAUCCUCAAUAAGAAGAGAGAUGCGGGAGACACCAACUGCUUGCACUUUGAAGUAGCAUUUUGGAGCUGGGACUUUUAAGGUGGACCGGAGACAUUGACUGUAAAGGUGGGAACGAAAGGAUAAGGAACUGGCUCCACCUUAAGAAUCUUGAAUCUGCUUUCUGUUAAACCAGCACAGUACUACUCCUGAUUUUGCUUAAAGGAAAGAUUGCACACUUGUGUUGAACUUCACAAAAAUAUUAUAUGUUAAUAUGUGAAUGAAUUUGAAUUUUGACUGAACCAAAAAUUCCUGUGAAAAUUUAACACCCAAAGAUGAAAGUACCAAAAACCAAGCUAACGUUCCCUCACCUAGUCUCACGGUAACUGACCAUGUUGUUAAUCUUUUUGGGUUGAGGUGGCUAACAUUUCAAAGUUGUUUUGGUUAAUUCUCUGCACUACAUACACUUAUAAUAACUUCAACUCACCCUUAGUACCACAUUUUCACAAGAAAGAAAUCACAAAAACAUCAAAUCUUCAUGAAAUAAAAAUGACUUGAAUUCAGAAUAUCAACUGUUGUUUACAAGUAUUUAUGUAAAGCUUCACUGUGUAACUUCUCUGGAGCGGGGUAUGCCACCUUGUUUCCGUAGGUGUCAAAAAAUACCUUAAAUAACAAGCGUUUUUACAGUGAGCGGGCUCGCCACUUCACAGAUCUGAUCCGAAACUUGGCCUGGUGCCGUUAUCUGCUUGUUUCCGUGAAGAUAAAUGGGUAUAAUGCCGUAGUGUGGAACAUUCCGAUACAGACAAAAUAAUACAUUUUUAUGGAGACAUGCAAGUGGCAUACCUCGACCAGAAAAGUUACACAGUGCUCCUUUAAUAAUAGGCCUAGUUUAUGAGAUUUCUUAUUGGUUUAUAUCCAAAUAUCUGAUUACAAAUUUUACAUUUUCAUUCUAGGACUUGGCGUUUUCGUAACUACUACAAAAUUAUUGUAAUUGUAAUUAGAAAACAUUAUUUUAAAGGCGUUGUAUUUGAUUUUUACAGUUUUGAAAACGUGAAAAACAGAACUAGUUUGGUCCAAAGUUGAUCCUUUUCACAACUUUCAGGGACCAGUGUGGAGUUUUACCAUCACAUUACAACUACUAAUCAACAACUUGCAUGCUAACUCCACACUUCCUGAUUAUCGUUAACUGUAAAAAAGCAACAAACAAAAAAAAAGUGUACAGGACCUUAAAUCCAAAUGAAAUAAGAGUCAAAGUAGAAGAUACAUUUAAAAUAAUCAGAAAUAUUGAAAUUAAUAUUCUGAUUUCAAGCCAUUUCUGUUCAUGUAGUUAUAAUUCUUUUUUGCAGUGUGGCAAAUGCGUCGAAAAUAAAUAAAUCUUUGUAUCUGAGCACGUUUCACAGUUCGCUCAGAUGUGUUGCUAAUUUGUAAAUUUCCGAUGACCUCCCGAGAUGUCGUAGGUUGUCAGUUUACCUUUAGUUUUGUCUCUGUGUCAUAUUUAUUAUGCCUGAUAUGUUUUAUAUAUAAGAUAUUGUUUAUAAUGUUUCUUUAAUAUGAUUUGUACAUUUUUCCUUAAUGUAGUCUUAAUUUUAAUUUGUCGCCCGGGCAACAAUGUGCUCUGAACCAAAAAUCAUGUGUUUCCUGUUUUGGGGAAUGACUUUAAAAAGUGUCUUACACAAAUAAAAAUGAUAAAAGAUAAUAAACCAA